UAGAGAGAUCUGGGGCACCUUUGGGUGGUGGAGUGCGGCGGAGACGAUCCACAGCAGAGGAGUCCCAGUCGCCAGCAACCAUGACGGACCAACAGGCUGAGGCCAGGUCCUACCUCAGCGAGGAGAUGAUCGCUGAGUUCAAGGCUGCCUUUGACAUGUUUGAUGCUGAUGGUGGUGGGGACAUCAGCGUUAAAGAGCUGGGCACCGUGAUGAGGAUGCUAGGGCAGACACCCACCAAAGAGGAACUGGAUGCCAUCAUCGAGGAGGUGGACGAGGAUGGCAGCGGUACCAUCGACUUUGAGGAGUUCUUGGUCAUGAUGGUGCGCCAGAUGAAAGAGGAUGCGAAAGGGAAGAGUGAAGAGGAACUGGCUGAGUGUUUCCGCAUCUUUGACAGGAACGCAGACGGCUACAUUGAUGCUGAGGAGCUGGCUGAGAUUUUCCGGGCUUCUGGGGAGCACGUGACAGAUGAGGAGAUCGAAUCCCUGAUGAAGGACGGUGAUAAGAACAACGAUGGCCGCAUUGACUUCGAUGAGUUUCUGAAGAUGAUGGAGGGCGUUCAGUAAGGAGCCGGCCUUUGUUCGUGUCCAUCCAGAUUGCAGGUCCCCUUAGCGUGGGCAACUCCACCCUUGCCUUUCCUGCCCCACCAGAGAAAGGCUGCUCCUUUGGGCUCUGUGGCUGGAAGGAAUAAAAGCUGACAAUGUAAAGCUG